GAGACACUAAAAACGCCUAUAUAAACUCAGAUCGUCACUCUGACAGACACUGACAGGCCGGGUGACUGACAUCAAGGAAACUUAUAUCCUACAUACCAUCACAAGAUGAGGUUUUUGGUUGUUACCGCUGCUUUUCUGGCUGUUGCCAGUGCUGCCAGUCUUUCUCUGGAGGACAUGGAGUUUCACGCAUGGAAAAUGAAAUUUGGUAAGAUCUACCGAUCUGUGGAGGAAGAGUCUCAGCGUAAGCAGACCUGGUUGUCCAAUCGCAAACUGGUUUUGGUGCACAACAUGAUGGCAGACCAGGGCAUCAAAACCUACAGGCUUGGCAUGACGUACUAUGCUGACAUGAGCAAUGAGGAAUACAGACAGGUGGCGUUCCAUGGAUGUCUUGGCUCCAUGAAUAACACUAAGGCCCGUGGUGGUGCUACAUUCUUCCGGCUGAAGGAUGCUGUUGUGGUGCCCAGUUCUGUGGACUGGAGGGACAAGGGCUAUGUGACCGAUGUUAAAGACCAGAAGGAUUGUGGAUCAUGCUGGGCCUUCAGUGCAACUGGUUCCCUGGAGGGUCAGACAUUCAAGAAGACAGGAAAACUGGUGUCUCUGAGUGAGCAGCAGCUUGUGGACUGCUCUGGUUCUUUUGGGAACAUGGGCUGUGGUGGAGGACUAAUGGACCAGGCCUUCCAGUACAUUAAAUCCAAUGGGGGUCUGGAUACAGAGGAGUCCUAUCCAUAUGAGGCCAUUGAUGAUCAGUGCCGUUUUAACCCGAGCAAUGUGGGUGCCACAUGCACAGGAUAUGUUGAUGUCACCAGUGGGGAUGAAAGUGCUCUACAGGAGGCUGUUGCCACAAUCGGCCCUAUAUCUGUUGCCAUCGAUGCUGGACACAGCAGCUUUCAGCUCUACGAAUCAGGUAUCUACAAUGAGCCUGACUGCAGCAGCUCUGACUUAGAUCAUGGUGUCCUGGCUGUUGGUUAUGGAAGUUCAAAUGGAGAGGACUAUUGGAUCGUCAAGAACAGCUGGGGUGUGGGAUGGGGUGACAAGGGCUACAUCAUGAUGUCCAGGAACAAGAGCAACCAAUGUGGCAUCUCUACUGCAGCCAGUUAUCCUCUGGUCUAAUGGGAAAGAUGAACACGGACAACGGAAGGGAGAAAAGGAAAUGUGGACCGUUUGACUGAUUGUACAAGAAUACCUCAUAAUCAUUUUUUUAGUUUAAUUACAAUUUCAAAAAUUUGAAUGAACUAACUUCAGCUGUUGUUUAUAUUUUCAAAUCCCCUGACUAGGAAAACACUAUGUUAGUAUGAAGUACGGAAUAAAAAUGUAUGUGGUUUAUA